UGGAGGAGCGGCCGAAGCCUUAGCUCAACCAAUGCUUGAAUAAUUAAAAAUUUUCGUCUAACCUUCGGUGAUCUAAACAAGUUCAAUAUUAGGUAAAAAUAUUUAAAAGCUUUGGUCGGAGGAAAAACAUGACUGUUGUUGUAACUUGUGACAUAUUAAUUUAGCUAAAUCGAGUUCCAUCAUGGUGCUUACAGGAUAUUGUGGUUACAAUUCAUCGGAUUUGAUUGAACAAUGGAACUCCGAUUCAUUUGUAAUCUCACCUUGUUUCUGUGACACCUUUUUACUUUGGAUCAUUUCACUCUUCAUUUACCUUUCAAUACCAUUUUCAGUUUCAUCUUUAAAAUCAACAGAUUCAUGCAAAAAACUGCCAUGGACUUUACUAGUUAUUUCAAAAUUAAUUAUUGGUUCAAUCCUCAUUAUAUCGAGCAUUUACGAAUUGAUUGAUUCUUUGAUUGAAAUAAAAAAUGAUCAAGUUGUCUAUCCAACUGCUUAUGUAACUCCAUCUAUUAAGCUCUCAACAUAUAUUCUCGCAUUAUGGCUUAUUUGGUAUUAUCGACUCAAAGGAGUUCACACUCCAGUCUCAUUGACCAUUUAUUGGUUUCUUAUGACUAUUUAUUCUGUAUUCAACUUUUAUUCAUUAAUAGUUACUUUGAACCAUCAUGAUGAAUUCAUUUGGUCAUUUGACAAGACUGAUAUCAUCAACAAAUCACUACAAACCUCUGGUAUACUUUGUCAACUGUUUCUUUGUUGUUUUCCUGAUACGAAAAGAGAAAUAUUCACUAAAGAAAUUGAGAAUGAAUGCCCUUACGAGAGUUCAUCGUUCAUCGGUAGAUUAUUUUUCUCCUGGUUUGACUCGAUGGCAAUUCGAGGUUACCGUAAGACUCUCCAAGAAUCAGAUAUAUGGAACCUGAGCGAGGAAAAUACAUCUUUAGCCAUUGAAAGGAAAAUCACUGCUGUUGAAGCAAAAUUCAAUCAAGAUGGUCAGAAGAAGAAUCAAGUGAACAUUUUGAAGAUUUUGUUAAAAUCUUUUUGGCCAACUCUACUUCUUGGUGCCGUAUGCAAGCUUUUUUCAAGUCUACUGGUUUUUGCUAGUCCACAAUUAUUGGAUGCUUUAUUGUCAUUUGCCGUCUCUGAUCAACCAGUAUGGAAAGGUUAUAUUAUCGCAAUUGCUAUGUUUGUUUCAUCACUCACACAAUCAAUCUUCGACUCACAAUCCGAGUUUUGGACACAAACAACGUCAAUACGCCUGAGGUCAGCGCUCGUUGCAAAAAUUUAUAAAAAGACUUUCAAGCUUUCGAAUCUCGGAAGACGUGGUUAUUCAACUGGUGAAAUGGUCAAUAUAUUGUCUGUUGAUGCUCAACGUGUAAUGGACUAUGUAAAUAUUGUCAACAUUUUGUGGUCAGCACCAUUCCAACUUGGGAUUACUAUUUACUUGUUAUGGAGACAGUUAGGUGUUUCAUCAAUCAUAGGACUAUCAGUUAUACCAUUGCUUACCCCUUUCAAUUAUUUUUUUUCAACUCGAUACCGAUUAUGUCAACAUACUCUGAUGAAAGAAAAAGACUCUCGAGCAAAACUAAUCUCUGAAGUUUUGAGCGGGAUGAAAUUUCUCAAAUUAUAUGCAUGGGAAGGCGCUUUUGGUGAUAUAAUUGCAGCAAUAAGACGUAAUGAAAUCAAAUAUUUGAAAUCUCAAGCAAUUUGGAUGGAAGGAAUUUCGAUUGCUUUUACAUCGAUACCUUUUCUGUUUACAGUCGUUUCCUUCACAACUUAUAUAUUAAUUGAUAAAAAUCAUAUCCUUGAUGCAAAUAAAGCCUUUGUAUCAAUUUCAUUAGUAUAUCUUGUUAAUAUGCCGCUGGGUAUGCUUCCUAUUGUUGUAACUUAUGGAGCAAGUUUUAUGGUUUCCCUCAAAAGAAUAAAUAAAUUUCUUGCUGAAGAUGAACUUGACUUUGAAUCUAUUCGUCAUGAUUCUGAUUCUUCUACACCAAUAAAAGUUAAGAAUGCAACCUUUUCCUGGUCUCCUGAUGAAGAACCAACCCUUAAAGAUAUAAACCUAGAAGUUGAAAAGAAAAAAUUAGUUGCUGUUGUUGGUAUUGUCGGGUCUGGUAAAUCUAGUUUAUUGUCCGCUCUUCUGGGUGACUUACACAAGCAACAUGGCUUUGUAAAUGUUUACGGUGAAUUGGCUUAUGUGCCUCAGUCAUCUUGGAUUCAAAAUGCGACAGUUCGAGACAACAUUUUGUUUAAUGAGCCUUUUUUGGAAGAUGAAUAUGAUCAAAUUAUUGAAGCCUGUGCUUUAACACCAGACUUGAAGAUAUUAGCAGGUGGAGAUUUGACUGAAAUUGGUGAAAAAGGAAUCAAUGUAUCUGGUGGACAAAAACAACGUAUUUCAAUUGCUCGAGCAGUUUACUCGAAUUCAGACAUUUAUCUCUUUGAUGAUCCACUUUCAGCUGUUGAUGCUCACGUUGCUAAACAUUUGUUUGAUCAAGUUAUUGGACCAAAAGGCAUGCUUAAAAAUAAGACUCGACUUUUGGUCACUCAUAGAAUCACAUUUUUACCACAAGUCGAUGAGAUUGUUGUUUUGAGAGAUGGAAAAAUUUACGAAAGCGGAACUUAUAGUGAACUGAUGGCCAAAAAGGGUGAAUUUUUCGAUUACAUCGUACAAUAUUUGACUGAACGAGAAGAGGAAUUAGAUCCUGAAGAAAAAGAUUUUGUAAAAGCUUUAGAUCCUGAAAUUGAGAAAAAGUUAUCACUGACCAGAUCUGUAUCUACCAGUGGUUCAUUAACGUCGUCCAUUCGUCGUCGCAAAUCACGUUCAAGUUUAAUUCGAAGUUCAAGUGUGGUCUCGAAAAAAGAGGAACCUGAUUCAAAAGAUGAUAAAUCUAAACUCACUGUAGCUGAAAAUACUGAAAUUGGGUCGGUAAAUAGCAAAAUUUAUUUUGACUAUUUCAUGGUUAUCGGAGUGAAAGCUUGUGCAGCCACGUUAAUACUUAUUGCUGCAUUGCAUUUGGUUGGUGUUGGGUCAAAUUUGUGGCUAACUGCCUGGUCAGAGGAUUCUCUGGAUCGUUUCAAUUCCAAUAAUACGGCUUUGCGUAAUAAGCGUCUUAUAGCCUAUGCUUUUCUGGGUACUGGUCAAACUAUCCUGACUUUUGUCAGCAGAAUGGUACUAAGUAUUUCAGUCAUUAAUGGUGCAUGCUGGAUUCAUGAGAAAAUGUUAUCACGUUUAAUUCGAGCUCCAAUGUCAUUCUUCGAUUCAACACCAACAGGACGGAUUUUAAACAGAUUUUCAGCGGAUAUUGAUGCAGCUGACACAUCAAUCGGUUUUACUUUGAAUACUCUUGUGUAUCAAUUAUUCAGUUCAAUUGCUGCGAUUAUAGUUAUAUCCAUGGAAACUCCUCUCUUGUUAAUAGUACUUUUAGUGCUUGGAGUAGUUUACAUUUUUAUUCAGAAAGUAUACAUCGCAAGUUCACGACAACUAAAGCGAAUUGACGGAGUUACUCGAUCACCUGUUUAUUCACAUUUAUCUGAAUCCGUCACAGGAUCAUCCUCAAUUAGAGCAUAUCAAGCAACAGAUAGAUUCACUCACAAAAUAUUUAAAUUAGUCGAUGUAAACAAUAGUACAUCUAUAGCUAAUCUUGCUGCUAGUCAUUGGCUGGCAAUUAGACUCCAAUUUCUUGGUAAUAUUAUUGUGACAUCAACAGUGAUUUUUGCAAUAAAUGCUCGCGGAAGCUUGAGCCCUGGCAAAACUGCGUUUACUUUGAGUUAUGCGUCUCAAAUAACAGGUAUUUUGAGUACAUUGGUUCAUGCGUUCUCCAAUAUUGAAAAUAAUUUGGUCUCAGUUGAGCGUUGCUUGGAAUACACCAAACUACCUGUUGAAGCCUCAUGGAUUAACCCUACGCAUAGACCACAAAAAGACUGGCCAUCUAAAGGUAAUAUAACCUUCAACAAAUAUUCAACUAGAUAUCGACCUGGUCUUGAUUUGGUGUUGAAAGAAAUCACUUGCUGCAUAAACUCUAAUGAAAAGGUUGGAAUUGUUGGACGAACUGGUGCUGGUAAAUCAUCUUUAACUUUAGCUCUAUUCCGAUUGAUUGAACCCAUUGAGGGAACUAUUAAAAUUGAUGAUGAAGAUAUUACUCAAUUAGGACUUCAUGAUCUUCGUUCGCGACUAACAGUUAUACCUCAAGAUCCUGUACUGUUUUCUGGUUCAUUUAGACGCAACUUCGAUCCAUUUGAAAAGUAUGCUGAUCAUGAAAUAUACAAUGCUAUUGAACAAGCUAAUCUAAAAGACUUUGUAGCUUCUUUGGACAAUGGAUUGGACCAUGAAGUUACUGAAGGUGGUGAUAAUCUGAGUGUUGGUCAAAGGCAACUUGUUUGUUUGGCACGAGCUUUGCUUCGAAAAUCUAAAAUUCUUGUUCUUGAUGAAGCGACUGCAGCUGUUGAUGUAGAAACAGACGAAUUGAUCCAACAAACAAUUAGGGAACAAUUCAAAGACUGUACUAUUGUUACAAUUGCCCAUCGUUUAAAUACAAUCUUAGAUUAUGACAAAAUUAUCGUGAUGGAUAAAGGCCAAAUCAUCGAACACGAUUCACCUGAAAAUCUUUUGAAAAACGAUAAAUCUGUAUUUUAUAGUAUGGCUAAAGAUGCCAAACUUGUUUGAUGUAAGCCCCUGUAAACAACAUAUCAUUAUGUUUGGAAAUUUAAUCUCAUCCAAUCGACUCUUUAAAACCUUUUGAAUAAUUCUUAACCAUACGCUGUUUAUAAAAAUACAUACAUAUGUAUGUAUAUUUUAACCGUGUUAUCAUGUUAUCAGUU